AGUGCUUCUGCUGCUACAGCAUCCACCUCUAUCUCUAUCGCAUCUGGUGGUUCCUUCACUGAGACCGCCACUGCUACUGCUCAAUCUGACUUGGAUGACUUGAACUCUUGUGUUGCUAUUAAGGGUGACGUUUACAUCACCGGUUCAUUGGGUUCUGCUGCUUUGGACAAUGUUCAAGCCAUUUACGGUUCUUUGACCAUUGACAACGCUACUUCUUUGGCUUCUUUCUCUGCUGGUUCCCUUGGUGCUAUCACUGAACAAUUCAACUUGCAAAGUUUGACCAUCUUGUCCACUUUGAACUUGCCAGCUUUGUCCACUGUCGGUUCCGUCAACUUUGUUACAUUGCCAGCUUUGUCCAGCAUUAACUUGAACACUGGUGUUACCCAAGUUAACUCCUUGUAUAUCUCUGAUACUUCUUUGGAAACAUUGGAUGGUUUCGACAUCACCUCUUUGGACACAUUCAACGUGAACAACAACAAGAACUUGGCAUCCAUUGACUCUCAAUUGCAAAACGUCAAGGUUGCCUUGGAGGUUUCCUACAACUCUGAGAACGUCGAAGUCACCUUUGACGAGUUGGAGUGGGCUAACAACAUUACUUUCCGUGAUGUUGCUUCUGUCUCUUUGGCUAAGUUGUCCUCUGUCAACGCUUCUUUGGGUUUCAUUAACAACAGUAUCACCGAGAUUGACCUUGCCACUUUGUCCACUAUUGGUGGUUCUUUGUCCAUCGUCUCUAACGAUGAGUUGGAGUCUCUUGAUUUCACCAACUUGACUUCCAUUGGUGGUGGUUUCGUUAUCUCUAACAACUCUGCUUUGAACAACAUCUCUGGUUUCGACUCUUUGGAGACUGUUGGUGGUGCUGUUAUCUUCCAAGGUAACUUCACCAACGCUUCUUUGCCAUCUUUGAGAAGAGUCUCUGGUGGUUUCACUGUUGAGUCUGAAGGUGAACUUGACUGUGAUGAAUUCAACAGCUUGAACAGCAAAGGUGUCAUCCAAGGUGACUCCUAUGUCUGCUCUGCUGCUUCCACUUCUACCUCCAUCCAAGUUUCUUCCACUGCUUCUGGCGAUGACUCUACUUCUUCAACUACUCACUCAUCCUCCGCUACCGCUUCUAACAGUGCUUCCUCCUCCUCCUCUAAGGCUGGUGCUGGCUCUGUCACCGUCGGUGCUUCCUUCUUGACCGCAUUUGCUGGUUUCAUGUUGGCUCUUUUGUAA